UAUCUCCCACCACCUUCAGACAUCUUCCUCUCUACCUCCUCCAAAUUCCUCACUGCUCUGUAACGGUACCUGGAGCACAAACCUUCCAUCUCCCUCAAUGGCUCUGCAAAGACAUCCUUGCAUUGCAAUACUGUUUGCACAAGCCAUUAUUGCAACAUUUGAUGCCACUUCUGGUUUAAGGUACACAGUGGGAGGCUCUGUCUGGUCCAUCCCACCGCAUCCUGAUUUUUACUACAACUGGUCCUCCUCUCAUACUUUCUAUAUCGGUGAUGUCUUAGUUUUUGACUUUGAAUACGAGUUCUUCAAUGCGAUACAAGUGCCAAGGCUAGACUACGAGAGCUGCACUGCUCUUAAUCCAAUGAGGAUCCUUACAAGAAGUCCAGCAGUGGCAAUAUUAAUUCAUGAAGGUGUAAAUUACUACAUUUGCAACAUCUCGAAUUACUGUGAUCUAGGCCUAAGAUUUUCGGUUGUGGUCCACAAGUUUUACUAUUCUACAGGGCAUUCACCAGUACCACCUCCAACCUUGAGUCCAUAUCCAGCACCUGGACCAUCUCAAGCUGGGUGGACUGAUGUAUCACAACCUUCUGUACCUAACAAUAGUCCAAUAGCUCCUAACGCUGGAAGAAGAAAGGGAUUGCGUGCUAAUUCUGGUGGAACGGUUGUUGGAUUGGCUUGUGCGUUAUGUUUAGGGACGUUGUUUGUGUUACUUUGAUUCUUUAGUGUCUCCUUCAUUUAAGCUAACAUCUUUUUAUAUAUUAAAAAGAUUGA